ACUUUGCAAAACAUAUUUAGUUCAAAACCCUCUUCCCCAAUUUCAUUCCGAAUCAACGAACAAGAACCCUAACAUUUUACUCCAAUUCACAACUGAAGCGUGAGAUCCGUUUGUUGAAGGAAAGAUGUCGAAUCCACCGAAUUCCUCUGCAUCUUCUUCUUCCCAGUUCACAUACUCCAACAACAAUGGCUCGUAUUUUCCGAUGCCCUUCCACCUUCAACAACCCCAAACAUACCCUGCUGCAGCUCCUCCUCCUCCGCCUUCGGUCGUUCAAUUCCCCGCUCCACCUCCCGCCUACGCUACUCCAUCCACUUCUGUCCCUGGAGUCUACUUUCCCCAGUUCCAGCAGGCACAACAGCUAUUUCAAAGGGAUGCACAAACAAUUACACCUGAAGCUCUAGAAAGUGUAAAGGCUGCACUUGCAAGCAGUGAAGUGGAGCAUAAAGCAGAGGUCAAAAAGAGAGCCAUACCUCGUAAAGCAGCUGGUCAAGCUUGGGAGGAUCCAACACUUGCAGAGUGGCCAGAAAAUGAUUAUCGUCUAUUUUGUGGAGAUCUUGGAAAUGAGGUUAAUGAUGAUGUUCUUUCAAAAGCUUUUCAAAGAUUUCCUUCGUUCAACAUGGCAAAGGUUGUCCGAGAUAAGCGAACUGGAAAGACAAAAGGGUAUGGAUUUGUGAGUUUUUCUAACCCAACCGAUCUUGCUGGUGCUCUUAAGGAAAUGAAUGGGAAAUAUGUUGGUAAUCGGCCAAUCAAACUGCGCAAGAGCAACUGGAAAGAGAGAACAGAUGUCGAGGCCUUGGCCAGACAAAAGAAACAUACACAGAGAAAAAAACAACUCCCGAAAAAGAGUGUCUUGCACAAGUGAUUAUGAACAUAUGCCCCCUUUGCUUUUUGACCUUUUUGUAUUUUUGCAUUCAGAUGAUAGACUGGUUUUCUGUUUGCAUGUGUAAGGAUAAAUCUUUACUAAAAGAAUUAUAGAAUGGUAUUUUUUUUUAUGCUGAUUAAAA